UGCACCAGUCCUGCGCUACUCUGCGCUUAGCUGGCGCUGACAUCCACACCGCGGGGCCACAUGCUGCUGAACUUUCCACUUCGGAGCUGAAGUGCGCAUUUUUUUUCCUUUAAAAAAAUGUUAAACGUUAGCCGUCGAGACCGAUCGAAGUAAGAGCACCAGAAAUUCAUGCAUCCGCGCAGUUUGCCGUUCGGUUCUGCAGAUGUCAUGAGCUCGUCUGGUAUGGUAAAGCGAAAGGCUACCCUGAAUACUGUACCCUCAAUGAUGAGGAAGAUCCAGCGCCUGCGUCUGACUCUGCGCCCCGGUGACCCCUCCUCAGAAGAGUUUGAAGGUCACACGACCAGCACUGGCCCGGACUCGUCUGACAGUGGCACUCCAGCCUUCUCAUCUCCGCAGCAGCACGAUGGCAAGUUGGCCAGCGACCCCUACAGGAGGAGAAACGGCUACGUGCAGCCGGGGGGGCCAGUGGGCACGGAGGACACAGACCAGCACACAGCUCCCGCAGUCAAUGGGUUGAUGGAGAAGCCGUCCCAGAGGUCCGCCGUGGUAGGCGGGGGCGUGCCGGGGGCGGACACAGACACCCAGCAAGGCGUGAUGGCGCAUGAAUGGACCGUCAGUCACCUGAGGGACGAGAUGAACUACAUCCGAGCGGUGAGAGACUCUUUGGAGAAGGUGCGAGAGAGGAUGUACGGACAAUUUGGCGGAAUGCAGCAGUCGAUGCAGAAGAUGUCACAAGAUAUCAAGGCUGCCAAUGCCCAGAGGCAAGACCUGGAGGCACAGGUGAGGGUGCGCACCACAGCCAUGGAGAGCUUGGACCAGAUGAACAGCUCCCUCUUGUCAGACAACAUAAGUCUGCAGAAGUCCCUGCUAGAGAACUGCCUGGACCGUGUGGAGAAGCAGGACGAACUGAAGACCCUGCGGAGCACCUGCCGCCAAGCUGAGACCAAGCUGUGGGAGAGGGAGCGGGAGCUAGCCUCCGCGCGCGCCGAGAACCAGGCCCUCCGGCUGCAGAUAGAAUCUUCCCAGGAGGCCAGCUCCCAGGCGCUGCAGGAGAUGUCUGAGCGGCUGCAGAGGGGCCACGAUGAGCGGCUGCAGGAGGAGCAGCGGAGGCACAGGGAGGAGAUCGAAGCACUGCAGGCUCAAAUCGACAAUUACGUGAAGCGUCUGGAGGAAGCAGAGAUGAAGGUGAGGACGGCGGAGGCCAAGAUUGCGGAGAAGGACAAACGAAUCAGCGAGGUGGAACGUCUUCUGGACUGUAUGGGCCAGGAAAAAAGCCACCUGCUGGUGAAACUGCAGGACUGCGAGCAGCGGCUGCACAUCCUGGAGCAGGAGACAGACCGCGUGGACGAGACCGUCUUCAAUAAGUCUCAGAAGCUGGAGGAUGAAGCCGCAGAACUGCGGGAGAGGAUUAAACACCUGAACGACAUGGUGUUCUGUCAGCAAAGGAAGGUGAAGGCCAUGAUUGAGGAGGUUGAAAUAUUGCGAGCUACGGUAGCAGAGAAGGACCUGUUCAUUACCGAGCUUCUGGACAGAAUCGCUGCAGCGGAGUCCAAGAACAACGCCAAACGUGUGGAAACCAAAGAUGUCGGAGUGGGCUGUGAUCUGCCCGUCAGGCCAGAGGCUCAGCCUCCGGAUGAACUGCAGGCCACGCCAGUCAGGUGGAGCCCGCGGCUGACGAACCGGAUGGAGUCGAGCCUCCUCAGGUAUUCCCCGAAGCAGUACAGCUUAAUGCUGCAAUCCAGGUCUUCCCAGACAACCAGCGCUGGUACCAGCCCCGUGCGGUCUGCUGGAGACCCCCAAAAUCCUGCACAGCCCAGCCCACCUCAGCAGACCUCAGUACAGCCCCCCCCGGGCCCCUCAGUCCAAGAAACGGCCCACCCACCACCAUCCAAUCCAGGCACGACCUCCAGUCCAGCAGAGCCAUUUUCACCAAUCAAAAAACUGUAUGACAUCACAGAGCACACAGAGGGAGGCGCACCCCCCACGCGCUUUUUACUUACUGUAAUGAAUUCUUCGUGGACAGAACGGCAGGGACAAGUCGGAAAUCUUCAGGGCAAGAGUAAAGAAGAGCUUUGCGAAAUUUUACGGCGACAGGAGAAACUACUUAGUAACAAGAAAUUUGUUCAGUCCCUUCCAGAUAAAGGGAAGAAGAUAAUAGACUUUGUACAGAGACUUCGUCUAGCUGUUGCCAACGAUGAGGAAGAGGAGAAAAGACAGCAUCUGCUGUCAGCUGUGAAGACUGAAUUUCAGUCUAAAUAUCAGCAAGCAUUGGUACAGAGACAGCCUGGAAACCAUGAAACUGAGUCAGGCCCAGAGCUUUCCGAGACAUCCUCGGAAAUCAUGGGACAUGGAGACAUGGAUUCUCCCAUUGUACCUCUGGGGGCUUGUGUACAGGACAGUGCUGGUUCUAAUGGACUCAAAGGUUCCCUUGACUCGACAGCUCGAGAUGUGGUUGGCAUGGAGACAUGUGACAGGGAAUCCGGCAGCUUGGAGGGGGUGAAGGAGGACAUCACAGAGGCCUUUGAGAGGGUGACACUGUCUGAGGAAACAACUGACCCCAGCUUGUCGAAAGCCAGAUUGUGUGACAGGGUGCCGGACAAUCCCUUCUGGGGACAGCGCCCACAGAAAAAGCCACACUGCGUGGAGAUUGUAGAGAAGACCGAGAUAAACGAAUUUUCAAGGAAAGCAAAGUUUAAGCCCAACCAGCCUCUUCUGAAGGCCAACGGCUCCCCGAGUGGCUCGUCUCCAUCUGCUGAGUCUCUGGGCGAUGUGUCACCGCUCUCCAUUGAGGCCAGGAGGCAGCGGGACCGGAAACACCUGGACGACAUCACUGCAGCCAAACAGCGGCCGCUGCACCACAGCCCUGCUCAGCUGUUGAACCUGGCAGAGUCUGUCUCCCUGCUGCAGGAACAGACCAGGAAGUACGAGGAGCUGCAGGCCAAGGUAGCUGCGCAGAAGCUGGCCGAGAGAUUGAGCGUCGGCACGGAGCCCUAUGGCCUGGAGGUGCGAGUCUUGCGGGGGUACCGAGAGGUGCGUGACAUCGGAGACGACCUCCCCUCAGACGAGGACUAAGAGGUCGGGCAUCCCCACAGGAUGCUGAGAGGAUCAUGUGGAAGCUGAUGAAGAAAAGGACCUAAGUGGGAUGGUAAAUGUGAGACGUGGAACUGGACCUGAUCAGAAGAGUCUUUUUCCAGCAUGUAUAGACAGCUGCCCUAAGUGCUGCACUCAGAGCGCCACCUGCUGUUAUCCGCAGAUUUUUACGUUGCCUUGUCCUCAGAGCUCCUAACUACGCAAAGCAGUUAUUGGGGAAAUAAUUAUUGUGAGGGGAAAUAUUUUUGUAUUACUUUUCAGUGUUUAUUUAUUAAAUAAAACAAUGUUCUUAAAAUGGC